UUGGUUUCCCACGAGGUGCUCGAGCCAAAAGCCAACUGUUUUGGAUUCCAUCAUUUUAUAAAACAGUCCAAACAACAAACACAUACUGUCAUAACCAUCAAACUCAUAUCCUCUCACUCUUUAGACCCAUCCCUUAUGGCCCCAUUUUUUCUACCUCCAUAAUCAUCCCUUUUUUGCAACUUGCUCUAAAUUUAUUUUUUUUAUAUUCAAGCCGCGUUUAUUUAGUUAGGUGGCAUAAUAAUAACAAGUGGAAUAGUCCUUACAUACUUUGGCUAGUUCAAAACCUUGAAAUCAUCACACACACCAAAAAAACAAAAAAUUCUUCUUUGCUUGUUAGUCAAAGAAAAAUCCACACAAACAGUUGCACCAUUUUCUUACCCUUUUAACACAAACCACCAAAUAAAGCACCACAAGUUUUUCAAGGAGAGGUUGUUUUUUUCAUGUGAGUAAGCUUGCAACAAGAUGGCGAAUCGAUGGUGGGAUGGAAGAACAACAACGGAAGCAAACCCGGCCGAAGGAGAAAACCAAACCGGGUCGAACCGGAUUGGGUUAAGAAGAGAGCAAGAGUUUCUCGAUAGUAACAAUAACAGUAAUAGUAACGUUACGGUUACUCCAACAAUCAGCAACACCAGCAAUACUAACACUGUUAACGUUAACGGCGAAGACGAAAACAACAAUGACCGUGACGGCGAUGAUAACAACACCGGCAGUGGACGCCGGCCACGUGGACGACCGCCGGGAUCCAAAAACAAGCCAAAACCGCCGGUGGUGAUAACGAAAGAAACUCCGAACGCUCUCCGUAGCCACAUCAUGGAAAUCUCCGGCGGAAGUGACAUCGCCGAGUGUAUAGCGAACUUCGCUAACCGUCGCCAUCGUGGAGUUUCGGUUCUCAGCGGCACAGGCGUUGUUACCAAUGUCACACUCCGGCAACCGACGGCGCCGGGAGGAGUCAUUUCACUUCCGGGGAGAUUUGAUAUUCUGUCACUCUCCGGGGCCUUUUUGCCUCCGCCAUCGCCGCCGGAGGCGACCGGACUGACCGUGUAUCUUGCCGGAGUUCAAGGUCAGGUCGUCGGAGGAAUGGUGGUAGGGUCGUUGGUUGCUUCGGGACCUGUGAUGAUUGUUGCUGCAACUUUUGCUAAUGCUACUUAUGAAAGGUUACCAUUAGAAGAUGAAGAACAACAAGGAGAAGAAGAAAAUAUUCAACAAGAGGUUAAUAAUAAUACUAAUAGUAAUAAUCAUAUUAAUAAUAAUAAUAAUAAUAAUAAUAAUAAUAAUAAUAAUAAUAAUAAUAAUAAUAAUAAUAAUAAUAAUGAAGGUGGUUCUGGUUCUGGUUCAGCAAGUGGAAGUGGUGUUACUUCUCAUGGAUUAGGUGAACAACAACAAGUUUUCAAUAUGAAUCCAAAUUUGAUGGGAAAUGGUGGACACAAUGUGGCACAUGAUGUGUUUUGGAGACCACCACCACCACCUCAUUUUUGAGAUUUGAAAUUGGAUUUUCAUUACAUUACUACAUUACAUUAUUAAUUACUUGUGUUACAUUUAUGUGAUCAAGUUUUAGAGUGUUUUGUUGUGAUGUCCUAGCUAGCAAGCAAGCAAGCAAAGGUUUAGGAUGUUUUGUUUUGGUUUUUAUAAGAAUCCCUCCCCCAUUUUCCUAUAGUUUGUUUGUCUUGUAAACUUUUGUGGUAGUCUCUUAUUGUCUACUAUUUUGGGGAUAUAAUAUAUUUAUUAUUACAUUUAUAACAAAUUGUUUUUGUCUUGGAA